GCGGUUGCCUAGACGUCGUGUAUUUCGUUUCGCGUGUCUCGUUCCCUCAUCCGUCGUCGCGUGUUCUAUUGUGGUGGCAUUGUCACGCCGCCGUGAAGCAGUAUUUUUAUCGUUUUUUUUUCGCUCGCCUCUACUAUACGCCCGUUGUUUCUCUAUUCGCGCGUGUUAGUUUUACUAGUGUAGUGAAUUUUUUGUUUAUUACUAACAUUUUAGUCAACAAUCCGGGCGGUGGUGUUCGUGUUGUUGUCAUCCAACGGAGUCUGUACUUACAAAGCAUAGUGGUUGACGACGGAUGUUCCUUUCCUGGUUUAAAACAAGAUUUUAGUGGGUGGUGAUUGAAAGCAACCGGAAGAUACCGAGAUUAAUUUUCACUGGAAUAAAUGGAAAAAAAGUGCACAGUGAUUCAGUGAGUAAGCGAAAAACCGCACGAUCAGAGAAAAGAAGAACAUCUUUCAGCAUAAAAAGUUAAUCCAUCCAUCCUGUGGAAGCAGAAGAGCCCCAUACCUGUUUAGCCAGUCAGUGUUGUUUUCGUAGUUGUUGUUGUUGUUUGCCGCUGCGGUAAAGAAGAAGUUUAACACUCACACAAUCGUGCUUUGCGAAACUCCAAGUCGGAAUACAGCAGAGCCAAGAGAAGCCCAUAGCAAUAAUUGUGCAGUCGUCGUCUUUGCUGAGGGCUAACCACUUAUUGAAGAAGGAAGAAAGAAACGUGUACAACCAAAUUGGCCGUACAUACGUGCCAACUUCACUCACACAAACAAGGAUUGGAAUCGACUUCGGUGUGAUUGACUUGUGGGGAAGCGAGAAAAAGUUGAAAAUCAACUUUAUACAAUACUUCGGAGCCACCAGCAAGCAGCCAGUAGCAGCAGUCAGCAGCAGCAGCAGCAGAAGAGACUUGGCUUAGCCAUUUCUUAUUUGAAAUUCUUCUGCAUACACCGUUAGCAUAGACCAAGGUGUAAUAAACCUUCUUGUUAUGAGGAUUGCCGUUUGGUUUUGUGAAAACACUUUUACCGUAUAUUGAAGCUUCACUGGUGGUAUUCAGUAAUGGAUAAGAUAUUCGAUUCCACGAACGGGAUGAUGGCGCCGUCCCCCUCCAAGAGUUCCAAAACACAACAUCCGUCGUUUAUUAUAACGGCGGACUCGGUGGAUUCUAGUCCGGUUCCGUCCAGUCCGCCCAGUACAGAUGCUCCCAAAUCACAGUGCUCGUCGUUGUCCGAUGGCGAAUCAUUCGAGUGUUACGGAGAAAAUGACAUCUCCAUAUCGGAAAACGGGGGCGUGGACCUGGAGCUGGCUCCAACCCUCAAUUCCACACCUGUUAGCGAAAACAACAAUAACAGUGGCACAGGCAUCACCAGACACACGUGGAGCCGCAUGAGCUUACGUGGUGCGCCUAAAAGCCAAAAUAAUGAUAAUCUGCCAAACCGGCGCUGGGGCUCGAUGAGACACUCCGGGAAGAGACAGCUGGGAUCCAAUGCCUUAGCUAAUCACCUCUACCGAUCAUCGAGUUUCAACUCGUCCGGGCGCAGCUCAAACUGUGAUACAGCAGAAGACAUGUAUAGCGAUGUAAGUUUGGAGGACGUGCAAGACUUAAACCAUAAGCUAGAGAUACUACAACGACAGGUGACGAACCUGGCGGACACGCAGAACAAUGUCGAGGAUCGCACCAGCAGGACGAAGGCGGAGUACGCCGUGCUGCAGGCCCGUUAUCACAUGCUGGAAGAACAGCUGAGAGAGACGGAACUGCGGGCGGAAGAACGCCUCGCCGAGGAGCAGAAACGACACCGGGAACUGUUGGCCCGGGUCGAACGGGAAGCCAAACUACAGAACGAAAACUGCCAGAUCCGGAUACGGACAAUUGAGGUGGAGGCGAACCAGCUGCGGGAGGAAAUCUCCCGGUUGCGGUUGCAGUGCGACAAACAAGCCGCCGAUCUUCACGCCACCGAGGACAAGCUGGAGAAGACGCGGGACAAUCUGAUGGCCUCCCAACAGGAGCUGGCCGAGGCGAAAGCCAAUGAGAAGAAGCAUAGAGCAGACAAACAGGCUGCCGAGGAUCUGAUGGUCGAACUGGGCAAGGAGUGCGAACGCCUUCGUACGGAACGUGGUCCGGCCCUACCGACGACCUCACCCGAAUCGCUUCGGCUGGAAGAGCUGCACCAGGAAAUGGAGGAGCUGCGACAGAAAAGCAAACAACUGGAAGAAGCGAACGAGGAACUGCAAGCGAUGGUACUGACCAAGGGCGUUGAAGAAGGACGAAAUUUGCUCAACGGAACAUCCAACAGUCUCGCACAGGAACUAGAAGCCAUGAGCCAGAAUCAGGAUACCGUUGAUUCGUCGACAUUAGCGUCAUUAACACAGCUCCAAAUCGCAUUCCAGGACAAGGAGGAGGAAAACCGUCGACUGAAACACUACAUCGAAACGAUCCUGCUGCAGGUGGUUGAACACUAUCCCCAGCUGCUCGAAGUCAAGGCAGCAUAAUCGCGCCGUACUGCACGUCUUAUCCGGAACAGGCAACCGCGAAACGGUCCCAAUUGGGGUCACCCUGUUCGUUUUUUGUUUUUUUAGAAUCAGUAUAACAACAACAACACCACCGGUUUGUGAUGAUAAGAUGUGAUCGAUGACGACGGCGUCAAAGGAACGCAGCAGCAGAUUCCCCUCCCCCCUGAAGUUAUGCAACUGUCACGUCCCUUGAGCGCGAUUGUGUAUUUUAUAGAACGAUGGAAGCUUGGGUCAGAAUCAGGCUUCUAUACGGAUGGAAAGCAGUUUAAGGAAUAGAUUAUUUUGCAUAUUUAAGUUACACGCGUCUAAAGCGAGUUCGAAGAAGGGAAAUAACAUCUUACAAGCAAUAUAUUUUAUUUGUAUUUAGACUUAGGAACUACACUCUAGCGAGUAGGUUUUCCUCCCGUUUGUGUUUAGCGUUUAGGCUAAAGAGGAUAUCUUUUUUUAUAAAUGUGUAUUUUAUAUAAAUCUAUAAUUUCCCAAACUCAGAAAGGCUCGAUUUUGAUUUUCCUUUUCUUUUUCAUUAAAAAAAUCUUAUCCAUCAGAGUUAGAUAACCGAUAGUAGGAGCAAAUAUCAAAAUUGUCAGAAACUGAAAUGAUACUCUCUUGAACAUGAUUAGAAGAAAAGUACAUUCGAAUGCAGGGCGAUUUUUUUUUCGCAUUCGGUGGUGCUCAAUUUAACUUCAAUUUGCGCAACAAACAAGUGAUAUCGAAAAGAAGCCUUUACCUACUUACUCCCAUUUCCAAUGUCAAUGCCAGCUCUGAAUGUAUCCGGGUUGAAUGAUAGUGAAUGUUAGAAACAAGAAAACAUAGAAUCGUUGGUGCUUUUAAAGAACUCUUUCUCGUGUCUGUAUGUGUUCCCGAAUAAAACAAGAUUGCACAUAAUUUCAAAAGUUGUAACACUAGCAAAUUCACAAAUUGAAGUUUUUUGUAAAUAUAUUUCCUUCCCCUCGAGAUGAAGUAGCUCCGGCUACAUUCUAUUUCAGGAUUGCUAGAAACUGUGUAGCUUGAGUUAGAGACCCUCUCCUCAAUCGACUCGUCCUAAAGCGAAUCGUGCUAAAAUCUAACUGUUUUACUUAUGUAGCACUUAUCUAGCGUAAUCGCCGAGUUGAGCAUUAACAAGAAAAUGGAAAAUAUGGACGAUUUAGUUGAACGAGAACAAAAACUGAAGCGACUCUUAUAUAUUUACAAUCACAAAAACGAAGACGGUCCUGUCUAACUGAGAAUUUAUCUUAAUUCAACAUUUUAUACAACAGUGUUAGGAAGGUAAAUUCUUUGAAAACAAUUAAAUUUAACUAAUUCACUGUAGGAAGUGAGGAGGAGUAAGAACAGGAGAAACCGUUAAGCAUUAAUAUAUUACCUACAAUUCUUAUUAUAUUAGUGUUGAAACCAAACACGGUUGAAGAAAUUGGAAGGAGAUCAUUUAGUAAGAAUGGAAAAUCAAUUUUAAAUUGGAUGCCAAAAUAGCGUUCUACUACUAAACGGUACUGUAUUAGUAAUGAUGAAUGAACAAAUAAAUAUUGACUAAAAGACUACUAA